UCCGCUGCAGUUACGUCCCCCGCAGUUGAGUCACUGCGUGUGGGGCCUGCACGCAGUGGGGCCCACGUGGCAGUGACCCAACUGCAGGGGACGUUACUGCAGCGGAUCCGGUUCCGAGCGCCGCCGCCCGCCUCCAGCUAACUGCCCCUUGCCCCCUUCCCUGCUUUGCGGCCUUGCCUCGAUUUGGAACUGCCCCGUGCACGUGCGCCGCCGCGAUCCGCACCCUCCCCGCCUCGCCUCGGGGAUCCCGCCGCCGUUCCACCCGCCUCUGCUUCCAGAGAGAGAGAGAGAGAGAGAGAGAUGGCCAAGGCCAGGUCGUCGGCGAAGCAGUCGCGCGCGCAGGCGCCGGCGCAGCAGCAGAACGGCGCCCACGCGCUCUCCUCCAAGCUCGCGAGGUACCUCGACCCGGAGGCCACCUGGGACAAGGACCAGCUGCUGGACGCGGUGCACUGGAUCCGCCAGGCGGUGGGGCUCUUCUGCGGCCUGCUCUGGGGAGCCGUCCCCCUCGUCGGCGCCGUCUGGAUCGCGCUAUUUAUGGCUAUUUCGACGGGCAUUAUUUAUUGGUACUACGCAUACAUUUUGAAGAUUGACGAGGAGGAAUAUGGAGGCCAUGGGGCGCUACUUCAGGAGGGACUUUUUGCUUCUUUCACCCUUUUCCUGCUUUCGUGGACUCUAGUAUACAGUUUGGCUCACUUUUGAGAAGCUCCUUUGCUGCACAUACCAUGCGAUCUUUGCUCACCGUGUCAGCAGAAGAAACUCACCAGGAAAGUGUAGAUUAAGGAGCAUUUAGAACAAGCAUUGUAUCAAAAUGGGUCGGAGUUGUAAUGUUAUUUCCCAACCCCAGUGUAAUUUUGGUACUAUGGGUUUAGCUCAGUGCGAGGUAGAACACUGCCAAUGAAGUCUUCAAUCGGAGGAGAAAAUGUUGAUCACUGAGUUUGCAGUCAAACACUAUUCAGUUGCCCAAGCCAUGAAUUCGAUGUACAACAUUUAACGCAUCAUUGUUCUAAGUUUUUUAUAUGUGAUGUUGGGUGAACUAUCAGAAAGCUUAUUUUGUCAGAUGAACCAUACUAUAUUGCCAAAAUCGGAAGACACUUGUAU